AGUCGCACGUGGCAGGGCGUCGCUACAUGGAGCAGAUGAUAGCUCGUUACUACAGCGAACCAAACGGAGGUACCCAGCUGUACGUAGGCCAGGAGAGCAUUAUACCCGGGAUCUCUGCCUGGCCGCUCCCUCACGACGCUCCAUACACUCCCCAGAUUAAUCAUCUCAUGAUGGCUGUUGUUGAGGCUGGAUUAUAUGAGAAGUGGAGCAGAGACAUGUUGGUGGAGGCGCAGCGGCAGAGUCGUGUGAGGCAAAGGGAGUACUUAGAGAAGAAUCAGCAGCUGGAGGCAUUACAGAACGUGCAAGAGGAUUUGCCAAGCACUGACAGUAGACUUAGUGCCCUCAACUUAGUUCACAUGCAAGGACCACUAAUGCUGCUGCUGUUGGGGUUGUCAAUAGGAGGCCUUGUCUUUACAGUAGAAAUAACAGCGAGCUACUUCAACCUGAAUGUGUGACGGUCUGCAGGCAGGAGGGGUCAUUAGUUAGGUCCGUGUGGUUUUGAGUAUUUAUUUUUUUUAAUGUUUGUAAGAUUACUAAAUUAAAAUAAGAACAUCGUGAAAAUUCAUUAACUCAAAACAAAUAAUAAUUGUAUAUGACAUACCAGUACUAAAUACUGUACUUGUUUCUUCUUGUAAGUUAGGCUUCUCUAUAAGAGUAUUACUUGUUCUACCUGCAAGUAAUUACUAAAUUUUCUUUCUGUUAAUAAAUUUAAAUCAAUG